CCGGCGAGACCCGGACGGCGCACGGGCAGCCGGCAGGGAGGGCGGCCGGGCGGGCAGCGGCCCCGGCCCGCGUGUGAGCUCCUCGAGCCCCUCGCUUGCCCGCGGCCCCCGGCCCCCGGCCCCGGCGCGCUCACAGCCAUGGUGGGCCGGCUGAGCCUGCAGGAUGUGCCCGAGCUCGUGGACACGAAGAAGAAGGGCGACGGCGUCCUGGACAGUCCGGACUCGGGGCUGCCCCCCAGCCCCAGCCCCAGCCACUGGGGUCUCGCGGCGGCCGGGGGCGGUGGCAGCGGCGGGGAGCGCGCGCCGGCACCCGGGACGCUGGAGCCCGACGCGGUGGCGACCCCAGCAGCCCCGAAUCCAGCAUCUCUCCCCAGCCCCCUGGCCUUCGCCUGCUCGCCAAGGCUCUGCCCCCUGUCCUUUGGCGAAGGAGUGGAGUUUGACCCCUUACCACCGACAGAAGUGAGGUACACUUCCUCGGUCAAGUACGACUCAGAGAGGCACUUCGUUGACGAUGUCCACCUGCCCCUGGGCCUGGCAGUGACCUCCUGCAGCCAGACAGUCACCUGCAUCCCCAACUGCACGUGGCGCAACUAUAAGGCCGAGGUGCGCUUCGAACCCCGCCACAAGCCCACCCGCUUCCUCAGCACCACCAUCGUCUACCCCAAGUACCCCAAGACCGUCUACACCACCACUCUGGAUUACAACUGCCGCAAGACACUGAGGAGAUUCCUGUCCAGCGUGGAGCUCGAAGCCACAGAGCUCCUGGGCAGUGAUUGCCUCUCGGACGAGUGCUGACUCAAGCCUGGGUGGGGUUGGACUCUUCUGUUGCCCUCGAGUGUGGCUCCUGGCUCGUGCCCCGGAGGAGUCUGACCUAGAGACACCUCUAAGCCCAGCCCCGGGGAAGGAAAAAAAUGUCACGGCAUCGUAUUAGAACCAUUGAGAGAAUUUGGCUUAUACAAAUGGUCAAAUUGUUUUCAAAAGGAGUAUAUUGUUAGUUUGCUGCUGCCUGGUUUCCCCAAAGUCUCAAUCUGAUGAGAAAACAGGAAGCCAACUGAAGCAAAAGGAAAACGGCCCCAGUUUGAAAUAGGGAGGGAGGAGCGAGCUCUUCUUCUAUUGGUCAGCUGGCCUGAGGAAGACCGUGGAGAAAGCCUCUGGGACGGAAAAAGUGAGUUUGGAGACAUUUCAGCCUGAGGUGUCUUCCCUGAAAGCGGUGCUAAUUCAGUGAGCUGUGACAUCCAUAUGGGUUCAAUCUGUGGAGAGCCGAGCUUCAUGCCAUAUUUUUUUUCCAUUUCCAUUUGUAUUUCCUGUUCACCAAAACUCUCGGAAUUCUCGAAAUCUUUUUCAUGAUAUCAAAAAACCCCAAACCACAGUAUAAGUUGCCUGAAAGAAAGAAAGAAAGAAAGAAAGAAAGAAAGAAAGAAAGAAAGAAAGAAAG